AUGCGUGCUGGUUACAUUCUAGUUAAUUUAAUUUGUUAUUUUAGUCUGGUUUCUGCCUUCCUUCUACGGAAAACAACGCGAAAUGCGGAACAGAUACCAUGUCUACGUGUCAAGGGCUUUAAUAACGCUGGAGGGGAGUAUUUAUCUAAUACACAGGCCUUCAAUAGUACCCCGGUGACACUAAUAGAUGUCUCAGAGGUUAAUAACGCGACAGGUACUGCAGAAACUUCAGCCAUCUCAAGCAGGAACGUGCCAACUCUCGAGCCCGUAGCUGAGCUGAUAGGACUUAAACGCAAGGAUAAACUACCACAAAUCAAGGUAGCACUUGGUAAAACUAAGCUAAGUUGGGCAGAGUGGGAGAUACGCAGGUUUGGUUACAAGUUAGGUACCGCCAACAAACAGAUGCGCAAACUUGCAGAGAGAUACAAGGCCAUGCGAAAUACAUUCACAUGCUCCCAGGAAGAUCUAAACAAACUUAGUAAAGAGAAACACGAAGUAUCUAUCAAAAUUAGGAUCUCUUCAAGGCUACGUAGACUCUUCAUCACAUACAGAAACGGACUACUGUCGGACUCUCAACCAAAAGUGCCGUACGUUCCGCUGAAAUAUAGAAGCGAAAAUGCACCAGCGGAAUUCUACGCACUUGGAAAAAGGGAUUAUACUGACACAAAAAGCAAACGCGAACUUAACAAUAAACAUCGACAAGUAGCGGAAUCGGUAAACCAACAAGAAAACGAAGCCAGAAAAGAAUACUGUCAUAUAGACAGAUUACCCACAACCCGUGGGAAAUACGUGUCUAGUGUAACAGAAGGGCCAAGGCAUACAUCUAUUAACGUAGUUCCACAUAUACAGGACACAGACGAGGAUUCAGUCGUGUCAACUAGAAAACGCAGCAAAUCUCUUUUACAGAAAACAAUCCGUGAAGAAAGGAAUAACGACAACCAAAAUUCAGAAAACAGAUUACAGUGGGACCAUCAAAACGAGAGAAACACAAACUCGAGCAAAAGGACAGGUGCAGAUAUCGAACGUGAAAUUUUGGGACUGAUAGCGCAAGCAAAGAAUCAAGCUGUUGUUAAAAGGGGACUCGUAAAUAACCCUGCUGUCGCAAAAAUACAGGAGAAGUACAGAAAAAAUACAAAGCUGCAUAGACAUCGCCCAAAAGCUCUUUAA